CGGCGGCGCUUCCAGGCCUGGCGGCCGGCGGGCCGUGAUGACGGGGGCUUUCCUUUGUGCUCCGCCUCCACCGGGGUAUAAAAGCCGCGGUGGGGUGGAGGCACCAGCACGAGCCAGCACCGCACCGCCAGCUGCACCCACAGACUCUCUCACCAUGUCUCAGACCACCAAGUCCUCCUCCGACUCCAAGGACAAGAGCCUUCAGGCUCCCGCCGCCGCCAGCAAGGCCACCAAGACCGGCGAGCCCGGCACGGGGUCCUACAGAAUCAUGAUGUUCGACCAGGAGAACUUCCAGGGCCGCAUGGUGGAGGUCGUCGGCGAGGUCGUGAACGUGGUCGAGCGCGGCCUGGACCGCGUGCGCUCCGUGGUGGUGGAGAGCGGCCCCUUCGUUGCCUUCGAGCAGACCAACUUCCGCGGCGAGAUGUUCGUCCUGGAGAAGGGGGAGUAUCCUCGCUGGGACACCUGGAGCAACUCGUACCGCAGCGACCGCCUCAUGUCGCUGCGGCCCGUCCGCAUGGUAACGGCCGCGGCGCCGAGAGCCUCCGGUCCUCCUCUCCUGGUCCUCACCCCCCCCCCCUCCUCCGCCCUGCAGGACAGCCUGGAGCACAAGGUCUGCCUGUACGAGCUCUCCGACUUCAAGGGCAACAAGAUGGAGAUCCAGGAGGACGACGUCCCCACGCUGUGGGCGCACGGCUUCAGCGACCACGUGGGCAGCGUGAGGGUCCCCGGAGGAGCGUGGGUGGGCUACCAGUACCCCGGCUACAGAGGCUACCAGUACCUGUUUGAGUGCGGUGACUACAGACACUACAACGACUUCAGUGCCUUCCAGCCUCAGAUGCAGUCCAUGCGCCGCAUCAGGGACAUGCAGUUCCACCAGAGGGGAUGCUUCACCUUCACCCCCUCCAGCAAGUAGAGGACCGCCACGCAGCAUGUAGCCAUGCAGCAUGUAGCAUGCAGUAUGCCUCAUGUAGCAUGUAGCCAUGCAGUAUGCCUCAUGUAGCCAUGCAGCAUGUAGCCAUGCAGUAUGCCUCAUGUAGCAUGUAGCCAUGCAGCAUGCCUCA